AUGGAUACUGAAUCUAGGGGCGCAUCGUCUGUUGACACUCUUCCUCAUUCAACUGUGGGGCCCCUUGGGGCUGAGGAAGGAGGCAGCACCAUAGUAAAUGGUUCUGCUGCAGCGCAAGCAACUGGUACCUCUACUAUACCUACACUGGACUCGGAGGACACAGUAGAAGUUGCUGCUGAUGAUGCAGCAGGAGGAGGAGCAACAGCAGGAGAUGCAACAGCAGAGGAUAUCUUAUUAAGACGUUCUCCUCGUAGUACCAGCAGCAGCAGCAGCAAAAAGAAAGGAAGAGGAAUAGGUAAAUCUCUUAGUGCUGCUGCUCUAUUUGCUACUGCCCUGUGGCUGCUGCUUGCUGUACGUCUACGUACACAUGGAGGUAUACUAAGAAGAGGAAGAGUAUCAUCAUUACAGCAGCAGCAGCAGCAGCAGCAGCAACUGGAGCAGCAGGAGCUACAGGAGUUGCAGGAAUUACAGGAGCAAUUAGAGGAAGCAGAGCGUGCUCUCCAACGGGAACUGCAGCAACCCCCUCUAUCACCAGAAGAGGAAGAGGAGCAGCAACCGCAGCAGCAGCAGCAGCAGCAGAAGGAUCCACUGCAGCAUUAUAUAAAAAGAAUUGAAUACCUUAAGAGUCUACAGCCGCUGUCUAUACACCUGACGGAGUUAGUAGGCAGCAGCAGCGCAGCAACAGCAUAUAGUGUAUUUGCUGAAUCCUUGGAUCGUCAGGAGCAGCUGCAGCAGCAUUAUUUAGCAGCAGCAGCAAAGUCUCCAUCAGCAGCAGCAGCAGCAGCAGAAAAGGUACGUACACCUAUGGCUAGAUCUAUAGAGGACAGUCUAUGCUCCUUAUCUAUUCUCUAUGAGGCAGCAAGACAGCAAGGUGUCUCCUUAAUAAGACAAAUAAAUAAUAAAUUAAAUAUAAAUAAAAUAGAUAAGGAAGAAGGAGGAGGAGAGGAAGAAGAAGAAGAAGAAAGUAUAUAUAAUAUAUAUUGGGGCUUUAGUAAGAAAGAGAUGCAUGCAUUAGAGGAGAAUAUUGGGGCUGCUGCUGCUGCACUACUUAAUUAUUAUAUAGAUGGCCUUUCUUCCUCUUUUUCUUCUUUAUUAAGAUUUGCUGCUGCAGCAGAGGAAACAUUAGUAUAUUUACCUGGUAUGCAGCAAGGAAUAGAGGGGGAGCUGCUUGCUGCUGCUGCUGCUAAUGUAGAGUUUGCUGCUGCAGCAACGCAUGCAAUGAGUGGUCUUGAGGAUACAGCUAAAGAUCUGCAUGCAGUUGCUGCUGCUGCAGCAAAAGCGCAUGCAAUUAGGGAGCAGCAGGGGCUGCAUAGGGACUGUCUUGAUGAGCUGCAGCAGCAGCAAGUACUAUGUAAGGCAAGAAGGGAGACACUGCAGCAGGAACUGCAGCAGGAACUGCAGCAGCAGCAACAGGACAAAUUCCUGCUGCAGCAGCAGCAGCAGGAGAUCGAGGACCUUAAGAGUAUAGAGGAAAUACUAGAGAGAGGGGAGCUGCUGCUGCAGAGACACAGCAGCAGCAUAGAGGUAAUAAGGGAGCAGCAAGACCUUGUGCUGCUGCAUGCAGCAGCGCAGCAAGCGCAUGCAAUAGGUAGGGACUUAAGGAGUUUAUUAUUAUCCUCUGCUAGUAGAUUGAAUACAUUACCUAGUUUUGCUGCAGCAGAAGAAGAAGCAGCAGCAGCAGCAGCAGAUGAAUCUGUACAGCAGCAACUGCAGCAGCGGCUGCAGCAGCUAGCUAAAAGACACCAAGAGGAAGCAGCAGCAACAGCAAAAAGAGUUGCUGUUAUCUUGUCUUCCUUAGAUAUAAAUAAUUAUCCUGCUGCUCCUUCCUUUACAGCAAUAACAAGAGAGCAGCAAAGAAAGGAAUCAGCAGCAGCAGCAGCAGCAACAGCAGCAGCAAUAGCAGCAGGAAGGGAGCCACCCACUAGACCUUUUGCUGCUCGUCUUAUACAAAGUGCCCUGCAGCAAGUAGGCCGUGUAAAGAGUUCCCUGGAGCGCCCAUUAGCAGAAGCAGGAGACAGCAGCAGCAGCAGCAGCAGCAGCAGCAGCAGCAGCAGCAGCACGGCGGAAGCAGACCAGCUAUUAAAGGAAGCAAAAAGAGCAGCAUUUGCUGCUGAUGCCCUUAAUGAGGAAGCAGACAACCUGCAGCUAAGGACAAGACUGCUGCAUGCACUAGAGUACGAUAUGCAGCUAAGUGCUAGUCUAGCUAAGAGAGCAGCAGCAGCAGCAGCAGGAGCAGCAAGUACAGCAGCAGGUGAAGUUGAUGAAGAACAGCAGCAGCAGCUGCUGCAGCAGCAGCAGCAGCAGCAGCAGCUAUGGCAUGUAGAACUACCAGAAGGAGAGAAGGAUAAAUUUAUUAAUUUAUUAAAUAAAAUUAGCAGCAGCAAAGCAGCAGCAAAAGAAGCAAAAAAUCUACAGGAGGUUGCUGCUGCAGCAGCAAGGAUGAAGGAUGCUGCUGUUGCUCUUACUUAUCUUGUGCAGCAGCAGCAACCGCAGCACGGACCACCACAAGAAUAA